CGAAGUCACAUCACUUCCUGAGAAUGUCACAAAAUUGUUUCUCCUAUCUUCCUUCCGUAGAGGAAUACUUCGCGGCAUACCCAACGGUAUUGAUAGUGCUCCUAGUACUGUUUACUAUUAUCUGGUUCCUCGUGGGAUCUUUUUACACGCUAAUUGUGAAAGAUAUCGUCUCCCGGUAUGAGAAGAACUGCCAGUCACAGCUAAUAUUCGCUAAUGUUAUCUAUGUGGUAGUAGUAACAUCUUGUAUAGUAUCACUAACGGUUCCAAUUGUAUCAGAAAAGUUGGAUUUGGUGUCAUACAUCAUAUUCUCGUGGUGUAUAUUUGCUUUCUACAGAUAUAUACGACUCAUUGGAGGUGGUCACAAAACGAUACAGGCCAUUUAUGAAACCAAUAAUCAUCGACUUUCAUUGGGCAACCGUUUCCAACGCUUAGUUCAUCGGAUAGUUGGAAAAUAUAAAGUUGCAAGAUGUUUCAUCGUUCAGUUUCCUAUUCUAACUACAUUAAUAUCUACGGUUCAAAUCGUACUGCUUAUAAUCGAUGAGGAUCUAUACUACGGAACCAGUUUGAUUUUCUUACCCUUCUCACUCAUUUCGAUUAUCCUAUAUCUGAUAGCUUUUUCGCUGCUCAUUAUUUUUAUCGAAUCGACUAUCCCAGAUCUUCAAAUCAAAAAAAAGUUUCAGUUCCUGCGUUUGGUCGUGUUGGUGCUCAAAAUUCAAGUAUCCGUCCUAGAAAUAAUUUUUAGACAAGUGCAUUUUGAAUGUGAUAAUUUUGCGGGUGAAGCUAGAUCUCUAUUCAACUUCGUGAAACAAUCGCUUAUUGUAGUAGAAAUUACACUGUUAGCAUUUGCAACCUGGAACAUAUAUCGGAAAGAGAAAAGGAAAACCGUAUCUGAGAAUUCUUCCUGAAUAGUAAAUUAGCAAUUGGAGUUGUUAUAGUGGAAUACUUCAA